CAGAUAUCUAAGAGGCCGAGGUCAUCCACUGCAUCCCAUGCCAUCGCCAACCUUCUGGACUUCUGUCUUGCCACUGGACUUGGAUGACUUGAAGAGAGAGUGAGGCUGAGGACUUUGUGCAAUAUCAAAUGUGUCAGAGGGAAAACCUUGAAUCCCAGUCUUCCUGACUGCAAGGGCAGCUCUCUACCCCCUGCACCCUACAUCAGCGCCUGAGCCGAGACAGACCGAGACCUGGACUGGAGAAAGAAAGCAUCUCCACCUGGGCCUGGAAGAAGAACUCAGCAACACUGUAGCUGUUUGUAACCUGCGAGCACCACCCUCAGCCCCAGGUUUAUUUUCCUCUUUGGAUAGAAACUUUGCAGUGUCAUCAAGUAAACAGCAUCUUUAAGAACUCUGAAGUUCUUGAAGACAAUUUCAACAAAAGGUCAUGCAAGAUCAAAAGCUGCCCUGUGUUUUGAUAAAUAGUUUUGAAGGACCAUCUGGUAUGAACGAAGAAUACAUAAAAGAUCUUAAGAAACAUUUUAAUCUUAUCACCAUGCGAGAAUUUCUUGAAAACAAAAUACAUUUCAGUCAAAAGAUACAAGCAAUAUAUAUAUGGGGAGGGAAACCACAUAUUGACCAGGAGCUCCUGCAGAGCUUGCCUACCUUGAAGAUUAUUGUAAGCCCAGGAGCAGGCCUGGAUCAUCUGGACCUGAACUUGAUUGCCAGCUUUGGUGUGAAAUUGGCCAACACUUCACGUGCUGUUACUAACAGCACUGCAGACUUGGGAAUGGCCCUACUUCUGGCAUCAGCCCGGAGAAUAUUAGAAGGGAAUGAGGUAGCUACUUCACCAGACACUAAGGACUUUUCUUUUACCUGGAUGGGACAAGAAGUUACUGGAUCUACUCUGGGAAUCAUAGGUAUGGGCAAGAUUGGCUAUAAGGUUGCUCAGCGAGCCAAAGCAUUUGAAAUGAAGAUUCUGUACCACAAUAGGAACCGCAGGAAGGUGGAAGAGGAACAGGCAGUUGGAGCCCAUUAUUGUGCAAAGUUGGAUGAGCUACUGCAGCAAUCAGACUUUGUAAUGCUGGUCGUCAAUCUGACACUCCAGACUCAUAAGUUGAUUGGAAAGAGGGAACUCAGACUAAUGAAACCCACUGCUACUCUUAUAAACAUUGGCCGAGGUCAAUUGGUUGAUCAAGAUGCCCUAGUUGAAGCUCUUCAAACUGGGAUUAUUAAAGCUGCAGGACUGGAUGUGACUGACCCUGAACCCCUACCAAGAUCUCAUCCUUUAUUAAAGUUGAAGAAGGUAAUUGUAACACCUCAUAUGGGAGGCAGAACUCAUCAAUGUCUUCAUCUCAUUAAGAAAAAUAUGGUUGAAAGUAUUCUGGCUGCUGUCAAUGGCUUUCCUAUUCCUAAUGAAGUACAUCUAAAAUGAUUUCUUUGGACGGAAAGACCGUAAAGAUGAAAACGUGGCAGACUAAAUGACAGAGACUUAUGUCAACUUCUUAUACUUUACGUCUGUUAGUCAUGCAGUCAUCAAUCAGGAAAUUGGGGCCUCAAGGUGUAGAUAUUUUUAGGGUGAUACAGAAGCUGGUUAGGAAGAGGGGAAGAAGUCCAGACAAUGAAGUUGGAAGAAGUCCUCCCUCUCUUCUCCCAAUAAUAACCUCAUUGAUCAAGUGUCCAUCUGUAUCCAAAUAAACACCUAGCAACUGAAAUCGUAGAUUAGACCCUACAAAGCCCCCUUCUUAGCCAAUUUUGAAUAAAUCUGCAAACAUUACCUUUUAAUAUUCCAGUUCCCUUCAACUGGUUACUACACAAAAAGAUACCAGAGCUUUGAUCUAGAAAUGGAAGUAGCAAACAAUGCCUUCUUUCUCAUCAAUUACCACCAAUAAACACUCAAUAAUGAACA